AUGAUGAAAGGUGGGGUGAAGAUUUGGGGGUUGCUUUUGCUCGCAUUGGUUGCGAUGCUAAUGGGAAAGGUGAGGGGUGACAUUGCAGACUUCGAUGAGGUUUGGCAGAAGAGGGCAGAGGAGGCACAGAAGGCAGCGCUCGAGGCUUACGAGCCCAACCCCCUUGACACUACUGACCAUUUCAAUGAGCACGUCCACAAGGCAACAGAGGGUGGAAACAGCACAAGAAGAAACUUACGUAAACACAAGGGGCCGUGCAUGGCAACGAACCCCAUCGACCGGUGCUGGCGGUGCAACAAGAACUGGGCCGCCAACCGCAAGCGCCUUGCCGGCUGCGUCCUCGGCUUCGGCCGCAAGACCCGCGGCGGCAAGCGCGGCCACUACUACGUCGUCACCGAUAACUCCGACGGCGACAUGGUCAACCCGAAGCCCGGAACCCUCCGCCACGCCGUCAUCCAGGACGGUCCUCUCUGGAUCAUCUUCGCCCGCAACAUGGUCAUCCGCCUCAGCGAAGAGCUCCUCGUCACCAGCAACAAGACCAUCGACGGCCGCGGGGCCAACGUCCACAUCGCCUACGGCGCUGGCAUAACCAUCCAGUACGUGAACAAUGUCAUCAUCCACGGUAUCCACAUCCACGACAUCAACGCCGGCGGCGGAGGCCUCAUUAGGGACUCCGUGCAUCACUACGGGUUUCGGACGGCCAGUGACGGCGACGGCAUCUCCAUCUAUGGGUCAACCCACGUCUGGAUCGAUCACGUGUCCAUGUCCAAUUGCAAAGAUGGACUCAUCGAUGCCAUCAUGGGCUCUACUGCCAUCACCAUCUCCAAUUGCCACUUUACCCAUCACAAUGAGGUGAUGCUGUUUGGGGCGAGCGACGGGUACUCCGGCGACCAAAUAAUGCAAAUAACGGUGGCGUUCAACCACUUCGGGAGGGGAUUGGUGCAGAGGAUGCCGAGGUGCCGAUGGGGGUUCUUCCAUGUGGUUAACAAUGACUACACUCACUGGCUCAUGUACGCCAUGGGAGGGAGCCAACACCCCACAAUCCUCAGCCAAGGCAACCGGUUCAUUGCUCCUCCUGAUGAAUUCGCUAAAGAGGUGACGAAGAGGGAUUAUGCACCAGAGAGCGUGUGGAAGUCGUGGACAUGGAGGUCGGAGGGAGAUCUAAUGAUGAACGGAGCCUUCUUCGUGGAAUCAGGAAAUCCGAAAGUGAGCUUCCCUUUCUCCAAGAAGGAUGUGAUCAAGGCAAAGCCUGGCACCUUCGUCACUAGACUCACUCGCUUUGCCGGUACUCUUGAUUGCAUACCAGGUCGCCCAUGUUAA